CACUGAGGAGGAGAGGAGGAGGAGUGGGAACGCUCCGAGAGGGUAAAAGCGAGAGGAGCGUGAAGGAGCGGGGCCGAGAGGGGAGCGAGCGGAGCGCGGAGCGGGACGAGCGCCGAGCCGCGGCUGCCCUGAGGGCCAUGGCGCGGCGGCGCGGCGGGGCGGCGCUGCGGCUGCUGCUGGGCCUGUGGCUGUGCGCGCUGUGCCCCGGCACGGCCGCCGCCUGCAGCCCGCGCUGCCGGCACGGCGGGCUCUGCCUGGCCGACGGCUCCUGCCUCUGCUCCAAGGGCUACGAGGGCGAGCGCUGCCAGCACGCUACAUGUUAUCCAAAAUGCAAAAAUGGGGGAGAGUGCCUCCGGCCUGGAAAAUGCAGAUGUCCACCUGGGUAUGGGGGUAGAUACUGUCACAAAGUAAGCUGUGAAGGAGGCUGUCAGAAUGGGGGGGAAUGCAUCUCUGUCAAUGGAGUCGUGAAGUGCCUCUGUGCUUCUGGCUGGACAGGAUCAAGAUGCCAGGAAGCAAUUUGUCCUCAAGGUUGUCGGAAUAAUGGGGCUUGUGUGGCUCCUGGGAUUUGUAGCUGUCCAGCUGGAUGGGUCGGUAGAGCAUGUCACUUAGCUGUAUGUAAACUGCCCUGCCAGCACGGAGGGAAAUGCAUCGCUCCGAACGUGUGUCGAUGUCGACUGCCGUACGCUGGACCACAGUGUACAAAGAAAAAGAAGGAAUGAAGAACUUCAGCCAAGAUGAGCUGCAUUUUUCUUCAUGUAACUAUACAGAGAGGAAGGCUGCAGCAGUGGGGGACCUUAAAAUAAACAUGGUAACAUGA